GCCUGACCGACGGCGUCGCAUCCAGCAGCGGCAGCGGCUGCGAGCCCGAGACGGAAUGUCAAGUAGCCCCGAAGAAAGUCACUCCAGGGGCGGCGGCUCCGACCGGGACCUGAAGACCGGGUCCUCGAACAACACGUCCCCGGAGGGUGGACCUCCAGCCCCGCUGCACCAGAACCGUAUCCGGCAGUCUGACAGCAACACCAGUUUUCUCCGGGCUGCCAGAGCGGGAAAUAUCGACAAAGUCCUGGAAUUCCUGAAAAAUGGAGUCGACAUCAGCACCUGUAACCAGAAUGGACUCAAUGCUUUGCACCUGGCAGCUAAAGAGGGACACACGGAUUUAGUGGAGGAGCUGCUGCAGAGAGGAGCUCCUGUGGACUCCUCCACCAAGAAAGGGAACACCGCCCUCCAUAUAGCCUCUCUUGCUGGACAAAAGGAAGUAGUCAGACUGUUGGUGAAGAGAGGAGCGGACGUCAAUGCUCAGUCACAGAAUGGAUUCACCCCACUCUACAUGGCCGCGCAGGAGAAUCACUUGGAGGUUGUGCGAUACCUGUUGGAAAAUGAAGGAAACCAAAGCAUUGCAACAGAAGAUGGCUUCACGCCGCUUGCUAUCGCCCUCCAGCAGGGCCACAACUCAAUUGUCUCCCUGUUGUUGGAGCACGACACCAAGGGGAAGGUCCGCCUGCCGGCCCUGCACAUCGCCGCCCGCAAGGACGACACCAAGUCGGCUGCACUGCUGCUGCAGAACGACCACAACGCCGACGUCCAGUCCAAGAUGAUGGUCAAUAGAACCACAGAGAAUGGGAAGAGCGGUUUCACCCCGCUGCACAUCGCAGCUCACUAUGGGAACGUGAACGUCUCCACCCUGUUGCUGAACAGAGGAGCCGCCGUCGACUUCACGGCCAGGAAUGCAAUAACACCUCUUCAUGUGGCCUCCAAGAGAGGCAACACCAACAUGGUGGCCCUGCUGUUGGACCGCGGAGCUCAGAUAGACGCUAAAACAAGGGACGGUCUGACGCCUCUGCACUGCGCAGCCAGGAGUGGACACGACCCAGCCGUGGAGAUCUUGCUGGAGAGAGGAGCCCCCAUCUUAGCCAGAACCAAGAAUGGGUUGUCCCCGCUGCACAUGUCGGCUCAGGGGGACCACAUCGAGUGUGUGAAGCUGCUGUUGCAACACAAGGCGCCCGUUGAUGACGUGACCCUGGACUACCUCACGGCGCUUCAUGUCGCAGCUCACUGUGGACAUUACAGAGUCACCAAGCUCCUCCUGGACAAGAAGGCGAAUCCCAACGCCAGAGCGCUGAAUGGCUUCACCCCUCUCCACAUCGCUUGUAAGAAGAACAGAGUGAAGGUGAUGGAGCUGCUGGUCAAAUAUGGUGCAUCUAUACAAGCGAUAACAGAGUCUGGUCUGACACCCAUCCAUGUAGCCGCUUUCAUGGGUCACCUCAACAUUGUUCUACUCCUGCUGCAGAAUGGAGCCUCUCCGGAUGUUCGUAACAUUCGUGGUGAGACUGCGCUGCACAUGGCAGCACGAGCUGGUCAGAUGGAAGUAGUCCGCUGUUUGCUGAGAAACGGAGCCUUAGUGGACGCCAUGGCCAGAGAAGACCAAACUCCCCUUCAUAUUUCAUCCCGUUUGGGGAAGACGGAUAUCGUCCAGCUGCUGCUGCAGCACAUGGCCCAUCCAGAUGCCGCCACCACCAACGGCUACACUCCUCUGCACAUUUCAGCCAGAGAGGGCCAAGUGGAGACGGCCGCCGUGCUGCUGGAGGCCGGAGCCUCACACUCAAUGGCCACCAAGAAAGGAUUCACUCCGCUUCAUGUAGCAGCCAAAUAUGGAAGCCUCGAUGUAGCAAAACUCCUCCUUCAACGUAAAGCUCUUCCUGAUGAUGCCGGCAAGAAUGGCCUAACUCCAUUACAUGUGGCAGCUCAUUAUGACAACCAGGAGGUGGCUCUGCUGCUGCUGGAUAAAGGAGCAUCACCUCACGCCACUGCAAAGAAUGGCUACACUCCUCUUCACAUCGCGGCCAAAAAGAACCAGACCAACAUUGCGUUAGCGCUGCUGCAGUAUGGAGCAGAAACCAAUGUUCUGACCAAACAGGGAGUCAGUCCGCUGCACCUGGCGGCCCAGGAGGGACACACCGAGAUGACCAACCUGCUGCUGGGCAAAGGAGCACAUGUCAACACCGCCACCAAAAGCGGACUGACUCCAAUGCAUCUCGCUGCCCAAGAAGACAGAGUCAACACUGCGGAAGUGCUGGCCAAACAUGAUGCCAACUUGGACCAGCAGACUAAACUUGGAUACACCCCUCUGAUUGUGGCCUGUCACUAUGGAAAUGUCAAGAUGGUUAACUUCCUGUUACAGCAAGGUGCCAGCGUCAAUGCCAAAACCAAGAAUGGUUAUACACCACUUCACCAGGCAGCACAACAAGGGAAUACACACAUAAUCAAUGUUCUGCUGCAACACGGGGCCAAGCCAAAUACUACUACAGUGAAUGGAAACACUGCUCUGUCAAUCGCCAAACGUCUGGGUUACAUCUCUGUGGUCGACACGCUGAAGGUUGUCACCGAAGAGGUCAUCACUACCACCACGACGAUUACAGAGAAACAUAAGCUCAAUGUUCCAGAAACUAUGACGGAGAUCCUUGAUGUGUCUGAUGAAGAAGGUGAGGACACGAUGACUGGUGAUGGAGGAGAGUAUCUGCGAGCCGAGGACCUGCGGGAGCUGGGAGACGACUCUCUGCCGGGACACUAUCUGGAUGGUUUUAGCUACAUGAGCCACAACCUGGACAGGCCCCAGCACACCCCCAUUCACCAAAGUUUUCACCAAAGAGAAGGUGUUCUCAUUGAAGAUAUGCUGUCAAGCCAUCAGGUGUCAGCGUUGUCAAGGGAGAAUGAGAAAGACUCGUUUCGCCUGAGCUGGGGCGCUGAGCACCUUGAUAAUGUGGUGCUGUCGUCCAGCCUGCUGCACUCUGGCCGUUCCUCUCCAUGCCUAGACCAUGACAACAGCAGCUUCCUCGUAAGCUUCAUGGUAGAUGCCAGAGGUGGCGCCAUGCGUGGAUGCCGCCACAAUGGCCUGCGAAUCAUUGUCCCGCCAAGAAAGUGUUCGGCACCAACACGAGUGACCUGCAGGCUGGUGAAGAGGCACCGCCUGGCCUCCAUGCCCCCCAUGGUGGAGGGCGAGGGUCUGGCUGGUCGGAUCAUAGAGGUCGGACCGAGCGGAGCUCAGUUCCUGGGUAAGCUCCAUCUUCCUACAGCUCCACCCCCUCUGAAUGAGGGUGAGAGCCUGGUCAGUCGCAUCCUGCAGCUGGGUCCUCCGGGAACCAAGUUCCUCGGGCCUGUGAUUGUGGAAAUCCCCCACUUCGCUGCUCUGCGGGGGACAGAGAGAGAACUGGUAAUCUUACGGAGUGAAACAGGGGAGAGCUGGAAGGAGCAUCAUUGCGACUUCACUGAAGAGGAACUAAAUCAGAUUCUCAACGGCAUGGAUGAAAAACUUGAUUCCCCCGAAGAACUAGAGAAGAAAAGAAUAUGUCGCAUCAUCACCAGAGACUUCCCACAGUAUUUUGCUGUGGUGUCAAGGAUAAAGCAGGAUAGUCAUUUGAUUGGUCCAGAGGGUGGAGUCCUCAGUAGUACUCUUGUGCCACAAGUUCAGGCCGUCUUCCCAGAGGGAGCCCUCACCAAGAAAAUUAGAGUUGGACUUCAGGCUCAGCCCAUUGAAGCUGAUCUGGUCAGAAAGAUUCUUGGCAACAAAGCCACAUUCAGCCCUAUCGUCACACUGGAACCUAGAAGAAGGAAAUUCCACAAACCAAUCACCAUGACAAUCCCGAUUCCCAAGAGCUCCAACAGCGAUGGACAAAGCGCAGUGUUUAGUGGGGAGACCCCCACUUUACGUUUACUUUGCAGUAUUACAGGAGGAACCACUCCUGCCCAAUGGGAGGACAUCACAGGCUCCACCCCUCUUACCUUUGUAAACCAAUGUGUUUCCUUCACCACAAAUGUUUCAGCAAGGUUCUGGCUCAUUGACUGCAGACAGAUACAGGAGUCUGUUAGUUUUGGGUCCCAGCUGUACAGAGAAAUCAUCUGCGUCCCAUACAUGGCUAAGUUUGUGAUUUUCGCCAAGACGCUGGACCCCAUUGAGGCUCGGCUGCGCUGUUUCUGCAUGACCGAUGACAAGAUGGACAAAACUUUGGAGCAGCAGGAGAACUUCACUGAAGUGGCCCGCAGCCGAGAUGUGGAGGUGCUGGAAGGAAAACCCAUAUUUGCUGACUGCUUUGGAAACCUGGUGCCUCUUACCAAGAGUGGACAACACCAUGUGUUUAGUUUCUUUGCCUUCAAAGAGAACAGACUGGCCCUCUUCAUUAAAAUUAGAGACACUGCACAGGAGCCAUGUGGUCGCCUAUCCUUCACAAAGGAACCUCGUACCUAUCGCAGUUUGAAUCACAAUGCCAUCUGCAACCUUAACAUCACCCUGCCGACAUACUGCAAGGAAUCUGAUUCUGAUCAGGAUGCAGAUGAUGAGAGUGAGAAGAGUGACAAGAAAUUUGAUUGGCAGGAUGAUGCUGACAGGAAAGAGGAGACACUAGCUAUCAUUGCUGAUCUACUUGGCUUCAGCUGGACGGAACUGGCGAGAGAAUUGGAAUUCAGUGAAGAUGAUAUUCAUCAAGUCAGAACCGAAAAUCCGAACUCUCUCCAAGAGCAGAGCCAUGCUUUGCUCCAACGCUGGGUUGAACGGGAAGGCAAACAUGCUACAGAGGAUUGUUUGGUGAAGAGAUUAACAAAGAUCAACCGCAUGGACAUUGUUCAUCUAAUUGAAACUCAAAUGAACAAGUCAGUUCAAGAGCAAACUUCUAGGACCUAUGCAGAGAUAGAAAAGACACUGGAUCACAGUGAAGUUUCAGUUGCCUUAUCUUCAGUGCAAGAGGAUGUAGACAGCCCCAGAAUAGUGAGGAAGGUGGAGUCCGAUCGCAGGCCACCUCCAGCUGUUUCUGAAGAAGACCUUUCCGUUGCUUCCCUGUUGGAUAUACCUUCAUGGGCAGAGCCUGUUGGACACACACACUCAGAGAGCAUGCAUGGCGACCUGUUGGAGGAGCUCGAUAUUCCACAUGAAUUAAACCCUAACCUGUGGACAUCUGAGGAUGUAAUUACACAAACACAGGGAGCCACUGGUCAUGACACCUCCAAUGAGCAAGCCGAUGAAUUUCCAGACCUCCCGGCUCAAUCGGUGACAGAAGAAAAGUACACAGAUGAAAACGGACAUGUGGUUGUGAAGAAGGUUACCCGCAAAAUUAUUCGCAAGUGUGUUUCUGCGGAUGGCGUGGAGCAUGAAGAGACGUCGGAGGGAGCUGAGGAGACGAUGGAGGGAGCCGGGUAUUCCAAGGUCGUGAAGCGAACUGUAGUAAAGAGUGUGGGAGACCACACAGAGGUAACAUUUACUGAAUGUGAGGGCCUUUCGUCAACAAAUCAGGAGAUCCCUGAUGGUCGAAAGCUCAGUUGCACAGAAAAGACAACAGUAGUGGAGGGUGAAAGGACAUCUGCACACCAGGGUGACCCAGCAUUGGCCUCUGACCUCCCAUCAGCCCAAGAUGACUUCAAGCAGGGCCCACGUGCGUAAAGGCCAAACCCGGAGACGAACUGUGGUGAGGGGACCUGGACAGCACAGACAGGUCCUCACAGAGCAAGUGGACGGCCCCAGAAAUGGGUCAAAUCCCCGCGACCUCCAACAGCAUCUCCACCAGCUCUUUCACCGCUACUGCGAAGAAGAAAGGGAGGAGGACAGUGACGACGAAGACGAGGGGACGGAGUAGACGAGCGAUUGAAACUGUCCCCAGCUCCCCGGUUCUGCCCACGCUAAAGUCUCUGCUGAUCCUAUGCAUUCGCCACUUGCAAUCCCAGUGUGCACCGUGACACUUCAGAGCUACCACAGUCUUCCCAUUUAAGUCCUCAAAGAUGGCAUUUCGUUUCCAGUUUGGCGUUUUGUCGCUGGCUGUUGAUAUGUAGUCAGUGAUUUUACGUUUCAUUGUUCCAAUGUUGUUUUGCCUUUUUUUUUUGUGACCAAAGAAAGCUCUCUGUUGUUUU